CCAGUCCCCCCAAGUCCCAGUGUCCCACUCAUCUCCUCUCCUCUCUCAAAAUUGAAAGAACAAAGAAAAGCACGCAGCCGUCGUAGCCACCGUAGCCACCGCAGCCCCGCACCUCUGUUCAAGCGCUCUCUCUGUUUUCGCCGUGUCGCGCCGUCACUCCCCUUCCUCUUCGCCGCCGAGCUUAAAGGUUUUGAGAACAAGCGAAGAGGUGAACUGAAAGUAAUAAAAGUUUUCCAGGCGGAGCUAUUUGACAAGUUUCUCCACGGCCCAACCUUAGAUGAAUGCUAUUCAGCUAUUGCUGUUGGGGCAGGCUUGAUCUUCUUGAUGUGUUCUAAAGAUUCAUGCGUGUUCAAGAGAUGAUGGCCACGAAGGAAGUAAGACUGAAACAUUAGCUACGGAGUUCCAUCUGUUCGAGGCACGUAACAUAGCAAUGAAUAUUUUCUCCCUUAUUAGCCACGUGUCGUUAAGUGGUUGGCCUGUGACACCGCCUAACAACAAAAAGAACAAUAGAAAUAACCUCAGCUCCACCACCUUCACCGUCAGAAGAAACGGGAAAUUUAACGAUGAGAAACUUUUUCCGAUUAGCAGCACGGGCACGACAUCCCCUCCGAACGCCCAAAUCCGCGGCGGAGAACAGUGUCGUUUCCAUCAUCCACCCCGUGCGCACAACGGCGUCGUUUCACCGCCACUACCACAAUGCUUUUUAUUCCUCCGCCUCUCCACUACCAUCACUCAAAUCUUCCCCCUUCUUGGGAUUCGGAGGGCAAAGGAGGAACAUGUUCAUCCAAACGCAGCCUACACCGAAUCCUUCGUCUCUGAUGUUCUAUGCCGGGAAGCCUGUCAUGGAAGUUGGAAGUGCCGACUUCCCAAACGCGCGUUCGGCUAUGAAUUCGCCUCUCGCUAAAUCAAUCUUUGGAAUUGAUGGGAUUACUAGGGUUUUCUUCGGGUCUGAUUUUGUUACCGUGACGAAAUCUGAUGAUUCUUCUUGGGAGUUGUUGAAGCCUGAGAUAUUUGCGGCCAUUAUGGAUUUCUAUUCCUCUGGUCAGCCGUUGUUUUUGGACUCUAAAGCUGCUGCAGCCAUGGAUACAGCUAUUCAAGAGGAUGAUUCCGAAACUGUUGCAAUGAUCAAGGAAUUGUUGGAGACUCGUAUUCGGCCGGCUGUUCAAGAUGAUGGUGGAGACAUUGAAUAUCGAGGAUUUGAUCCGGAUACUGGAAUAGUAAAACUUAAGAUGCAAGGAGCAUGUAGUGGGUGCCCAAGUUCUUCGGUGACUUUGAAAUCCGGCAUUGAAAAUAUGUUGAUGCAUUAUGUACCUGAGGUCAAAGGAGUUGAACAAGAACUGGAUGCUGAAGAUGAAGCAGAAGCAUUAAGUGGACAAAUGGAGUAGUAGAACUUGUUCCACAUUUACACUUUGUUUGGAUAUAGAAAAGAAAAUGGAAGGAAGAGUAGAUUUCUUUGUGUGUUGUUUGAAUGAAGAGAAAAUAAUCGGGGAAAAAAUAGAGAUUUUUUUUGUUUGGAUACUUUGUAGAGUCGCAUGAAUUACCCUAUCCAUUAAUAGGAUAAUUGCUGGCCUUCACUUUAGAUUGCUGGCGAUUUACACAAUCACACAAGUGCCUAGGUAUUGUGGUAUUAGUCCACAUCUACUUUAUGCCUGACUAAUGCCUAAGACGCUUGUAUUAAUUGCAUAACAGGGGACACACGUGUAAUGUAAUAAAAUCUCUUGAUUCAUAGUAAUUAAUGAUCAUUAAAUA